CCAUAAAUGCAUGAUCAUGGAGUUCGAUAUCGAGCACUACUGCUUCACUUCUCUCCAGAAAACGAGUGACUAAUCAGGGUUAUGGAUAUUCCGGUGAUUGAUCUGACGCCGUAUGUGGAUGGUGUAUCUGGCGAAUUUUGCUUGGACGGGGUUCUGAAUCCCGAAUUGGAGAACGUAUGCUCGGAGGUCAGUCGAAUCCUAAGAGAGACUGGAGCUCUACUCGUCAAGGAUCCACGAUGCUCUGCUGAAGAUGAUGAUCGAUUUAUUAGUAUGAUGGAAAGGUAUUUCGAAAUGCCUGAUGAAUUUAAACGUCUCCAAGCGCGUCCUCACCUGCAUUACCAGAAUGGUGCGACACCAGGAGGACUUGAAGUUCCCCGUAGUUUGGCUGUUAAAGAUAUGCUAAAGAAGGCGAGCUCAUUGCCCAAAGAGCACCAACCUUUGAUUCCAACAGGUGCAGAUCUUAAGUGGCGAUACAUGUGGAGAAUUGGCCCUCGACCAYCAACAACUCGAUUUGAGGACCUGAACGCCGACCACAUCAUCCCUGAAGGUUUCCCUGAGUGGGAAGACACUAUGAAUUCAUGGGGUUAUAAACUGAUGUCUGCUGUAGAGGCUGUUGCUGAAAUGGCAGCAAUUGGGUUUGGCCUACCAAAAGAUGCAUUCACCAAUCUCUUGAAGAAUGGUCCACAUCUUCUUUCUCCAACAGGGGGUGACCUUGGGAGUCAUGGCAAAGAGGGUACAAUUUUUGCAGGAUAUCAUUAUGACCUUAACUUUCUAACAAUUCAUUACAGAAGUAAAUUCCCUGGUCUAUACAUUUGGCUAAGGAAUGGGGAGAAAGUAGAAGUGAAGGUUCCAGAAGGGUGUCUACUUGUUCAGACAGGAAAGCAGUUAGAAUGGGUGACUGCUGGAGACUGUAUGGCUGGUUUGCAUGAAGUUGUGGUAACUAAAAAAACAAUCGAAGCAAUUAAAGCAGCACAAGAAGAAAAGCGAAGCCUUUGGAGAGUAUCCUCAACAUUGUUUUCAGCUGUAGCAUCUGAUGCUGUGAUGAAGCCUCUGGGGCAUUUUGCACAAUCGCCUCUCGUUGAUAAGUACCCGACCGUAUAUGCUGGAGAAUAUUUCCAGAAAGAACUUGCUGUUAUUAAACUAAAUGAAAAAGGGGGAGAUCAGCAUUAGAAAGGUCCAUGGGAGGGAAUUGAAUAAACCAACAAGGAAUUUACGUAUAGUUUGUCGAAAUCAUUUCGCAACUUUAGUUGCUAUGUAUAUGUUUUUGCGUAAGUCUUUAAAUGUAUCUAGUUUUCAUUCUAAAACAAUGGUUGAUAAGUAGAUGUUGGUGAAUGACUCUAAUGGUAAACCGCUGAUGGAAAAUACAA